AUGAAUCCAGCUAAAGAUUCCAAUUCUUACCUAAAAGCGGACUAUGAAGAAAGACUUUCCUCCACCAAGCACAAUUUGGAAGGGAUUAUUAUUGGAAUAGACAAUAAUCGUUAUCGCAUAGCAAAGCAUAUCGGAUCGGGAACUUUCGGAGAGUUGAGGUACUGCCGAAACAUAAUUACCAACGAAACGCUCGCGGUAAAGAUAGAACCUAAUGAUGCAGAGAUACCUCAACUUAAACGCGAAUACGAUUUGUAUUGUCGGCUGCACGGCGACAAUGAGGGGUAUGCCGAAGGUUUUCCUAGGGUAUAUUACUUCGGAACGUGUCAGGAGUACAAAGUUAUGGUGAUGGAUUUGCUGGGACCCAGUUUACAAGACCUUUUUCAGUAUUGCAACAAGAAAUUUACGCUUAAAACUGUUCUCAUGUUAGCUAUCCAGCUAAUCACCCGUAUAGAGUAUAUACAUUAUUAUGGGCUGGUUUACAGGGAUAUAAAACCGGAGAAUUUCUUGAUAGGUAAGAGAUCGAAUGGCACAGAAGGAAUAAUUUGGGUGGUCGACUUUGGAUUGGCCAAGGAAUACAUCGAUAAAAAUGGCAAGCAUAUAAAAUUUAGAGAACAAAAACCUUUGACUGGGACGGCCAGAUACAUGUCUGUCAAUACCCAUUUUGGAUUGGAGCAAAGUAGGAGGGAUGAUCUAGAGGGUCUGGCAUACAUGUUUUUAUACUUUUUAAAAGGCUCACUGCCUUGGCAAGGACUCAAACUGAUCAAAACAGAUUCAUCCAAACAAAAAUACCGCAAAAUAGCUGAGAUGAAAAGAGAUACAUCGCCCGACGAGCUGUGUCAUGGUUGGCCGGAUGAAUUUAAAAUAUUUCUGCGUUACGCCAGGGGAUUAGAUUUUGUGGAAACACCGGAUUAUGCCUAUUUGCGACGUUUGCUUGAAGAGUUAAUUUACUUUUACGGGUGGGAAUAUGACUUUAACUUCGACUGGUCAGGCAAGCUUCCAUCUUCACCAGAAGGGUCAGUGUCUAUGACCUAUGCUCAACAGGGCAGCAAACCACAUGAUGCAAAAUAUAUGCAAAGAAUGAUAAACUUGCCGCCUAGUAUAACUCCACAAAAUUCCACUCCAAAUGAAAAUAUAUCAUUUGACCUUGUGUGGCCCGAACGUGACAUCAAGUAUUUGUUACCACCUACUGGGCAUCGAGAGGCAAUGAUCGAUGAUCGGGGGGUACGGUUUGAUUUGAUUAGGAAAGAUGAAAAUUAUAGGGAUUACUUCGAAAAGCGUAAGAUGAGGGAAAACACAUCUACGAAAAUUGUAUACUUAGAUGCUGCAGAUGUUGGCGGUGAGGAUAGGAUUCCGACCAGUGCUACAACUAGUUAUGAAGGACCAAUAGGUAUGGAGUCGGCCGAAGGCUGGUGGGAAAAGGGCAAAAUUUUCUUUAAAACCUCCCCCCAACCCCAAUUGGAAAAUCCUCACUAUGCCACUGUGUACACUUCAGCUGUUACGCAUGUACACUCUUAA